CGCUAGCAACACUCAAUCCCGAAGACCCGACUUGAUAUAGCAUUCGACAACGCCGGAAGAAAUCGGAGCCGUGUCUACGACUCGAGAUCUCACUCCCUCGUUUCUACUACACCAGACAACACGCAAUGCAAGCUACACGGAUGCUAUGGCAGCAUCGCCAGCCUAUGAUCAGAUUUCUGGGCAAGCGUCAAUUGCCAAAGCAAGUUGACCAUUCGCCAAAGCCACAUCCUGAAUCACCCUCUCACGACCUACCACAAUCAUUCGCCAAGUACCGAGAACAAGCGAUCCAACAUGGUCCUCUCAAGGGCGGACAGCCACGACAAGCAGCUCCAUCCGGCGGCGCGUCAGGACCGGCACCCAUGAACCCGUAUGGCUCAAUUGGUGGAAAGAGCGCGAAGGAGCUGGGACCAAUCAAGCCUGGCAAGGGAGAAUUUGCGGACAGAAAUGAGCUCCCAGCACGGUUUAGGAGAGUGCCUUGGAGCAUGGCCGAGAUUGAAGCCAUUGAGAGUGGAGGAGCGAGCAUGUUGGGAUGAUUGAGGGCCAGGAUCGAACAUUGGAUGAUUGGCUCUUGAUAUCACAGCAUCUCAAUGGAGCGCCUUAUGGAGGAUCUAGAUACCAGCGAGCAGAGCGUUACAGCAAGCGAGUUCGCAUUGGAGGUUUGGCAUAGACCAAACGGACUUACCACCGGCUGAGGGAAGUGCUCCCCACUUGCAUUUGUAUAUAUGAGAACUAUUGACGUACGGAAUGAGAACAGAUACACCACUACACAAGGUCGCCUUUCUCGUGGUG